AUUCUCUCCCGCGCAAACAAAACUCCCACAGUCCCACUUCCCUCGUCAUCCCUCAGUCUGCACCAGUGAACCUCCCACUUCCAUCCAUCUCUCCUUAAUCUCUUGCGUCUCCUUCCUUCGGCGUCUGAAAAGAAGCGAUCGGACUGAACCAGAAAUCUGGUGAGGACAUCUAGGUUUUCAUAGUUCGAACAGGGCGUCUAGGUUUUCAUCACAGUUUGAGUAGGGCAUCUAGGUUUCAUCGCCUGAAUAGGAUGGACAGUGAGGAUCACAUAGAUCCAGAACUCCCCAACAAUGACCAUACUGUAGAGGAGGUUGGAGGUUCAUCCUCCCAAGCCCCUGGGCCCUCCCGUAGAAAAAGGGGGUCAGGGAAGCGUGGCAACACAGUGUUGCCACAUGUCCUACAGAGGAAGAGAGAUCAAGCUCCAACCGUGGAGCUUGAUCAUUAUGAUCGGCCUGUUGGGGAAGUGAGGCCAGAAUUGAUGUCGUAUAUAGGUAUGUUAGUGAGGGAUUGUUCUAUAAUCCCAAUCUGCACCACCGAUUGGAGGACAAUAACUGAUGCAAAAAACAGAAUUUAUGAUGCUGUUAAAGAAAAAUUUAUUGUCCCAAAUGAGAUGGAGAAAACAGAUAUCCUUGCUGUAGCUGGAAAAAUGCAUCGAUGCUUUCGAUGUCAUGUAAAGAAGAAAUAUUUUGACAAAUAUGCUCCUGAUCAUGAGAAAGCAUUCUCGGAGGCACUUCAACAUGAGAGAAAUAUUGAUCGUGGUGAUCUUCAACGCCUCUUUAACCAUUGGGAAACGCCAGAGAGCAAGGCAAAGUGUGAAACGAUGACUGAAGUGAGGUCACAUAAUACGGUCCCUCACCACAUGGGCCGGAAAUCCUAUGCUGCUCACCUCCAUGAAAUGACGGAAGAAAGAAGGCAAAAGAAUAUGCCCCCACCUAGGAGAGAGGACCUAUUCAAGAAGGCCUAUACAAAUUCCCAGGGGGGGUUUUAUGAUCCUCGAGCGAGGGAACUUGCUGCCAAGAUGAAAGCAUAUGUGGAUGAACAAGCAGAACAGGGCACCCAAGUUGAGCCCAUUGGUGCCAAUGAUGCAGUGGCGGUGAUUUUUGGUAAAGAUCAUCCAUCGCGUGCUCGUUGCUUGGGCUUCGGGGUGAACCCAAAGCGUGCGUUCGGAACUAAUGGGUCCAAAAGUGCCACCAGUAGUACAUCCACUUCGUGUGAUUCAGAGUUGCGGAAAGAAAACCAAAUGCUUCGAGGAGAGGUGGGUGAUCUUCAAGCAAAAGUAGCACGAUUGGAGUCCGUGGUGGAGCAGUUAGCGCACCGUCAAGGAUUGGGUGCUUUGUUUCCCACUCCUGCUUCAGUUCAGGAGAUCCAACAACUUGGAUUAGAAGCAUCUGAUGCACGUGAAACAAGUCAGGAGAGGGAAGGAGCAUCUUAUGCACAUCAAACAAGUCGAGAGGAGAGGGGGAAUGUGAAGGGGAAGAAGAAAGUUCCUUUUAGAUGAUGUAUUUUUAUUUUUGUUUUUUGGUUUUGAACAUAAAACUAUCAAAUAUUUUCUUGUAAAAAAGAUUGUUGGGCUUAAAGAUGAUUGAAAAUUUAAUAUUUAAGUUUAUUUUUAAAUUUUGCAUUGUGUA